CAGCAUAUUGUAAAUGUUACAUGGUGCUGUCACCGAACAGUCCAUUACCGGGACAGGCAGUCACCACAGCUUCAAAGAAGAAAACCACUGUGAAAUGACUGUUUAAUAAACUCUAUGCAAUUCUGAAUCCACUUCAACUAAAAAUGUUGAAAAGCUGCGGGAGGAAAUUGGUGAUUUCGGUAGCAGGAGCUACCUUCACCUGCCUUGUGGUACUCUUGGUUGCAACCCAGCACCAAGUAAUCCAGGUGGCUGAGGUACAGAUUGAGAGCGAUGUCGGGAUGCGUUCGCUGCAGAGUCUGGAUAGCACGGGGACAAAUGCUGACGACCAGAGUUCGUCAGAGAGCCAGUCGCAGGACAAUUCAAAGUCGACGAACAGGAAAGGAUUCUCCGCUUAUUUCUCAAAGUUAACUCGGGACAGGAGAGACUUAGAGAAACCCGCGUCGCAAGCCGGGUCUGCAUCUGAGGCGCCCCCAUCCGAGGACAUUAACCCCAAUGACAUCUUCAUCGCUGUUAAGACAACAAAGAAGUUCCACCAGUCCAGGCUGGACCUUCUUCUCGAUACCUGGAUCUCAAGAAACAUGCAGCAGACGUACGUCUUCACAGACGGGGAUGACGAAGAGCUGAAGAAGAAACUUGGGAGCCACGCCGUCAACACCAACUGCUCGGCCGCCCACAGCCGCCAGGCCCUGUCCUGCAAGAUGGCGGUGGAGUACGACAAGUUCAUCGAGUCGGGGAAAAAGUGGUUCUGCCACGUGGACGACGACAACUACGUGAACGUGCGGACCCUGGUGAAGCUGCUGUCCCGCUACCCGCACACUCAGGACGUGUACAUCGGCAAGCCCAGCCUGGACCGGCCCAUCGAGGCCACCGAGAGGCUCGGGGACAACAAAAUGAGGCCUGUGAAUUUCUGGUUCGCCACCGGAGGGGCGGGGUUCUGCGUGAGCCGCGGCCUGGCUCUGAAGAUGAGCCCCUGGGCCAGCGGCGGUCACUUCAUGAACACGGCGGAGAAGAUCCGGCUGCCGGACGACUGCACCGUCGGCUACAUCAUCGAGUCCGUCCUGGGGGUGCGCCUGACCCGCAGUGGCCUGUUCCACUCCCACCUGGAGAACCUGCAGCAGGUGUCCAAGUCUGAGCUGCACAAACAGGUCACGCUGAGCUACGGAAUGUUCGAGAACAAGAGGAACAUCAUCAACCUGAAGGGGGCUUUCUCAGUGGAAGAGGACCCAUCCAGGUUCAAGUCCGUGCACUGCUUGCUGUACCCGGACACCCCCUGGUGUCCCCUCCAGGUCAGCCCUUAGCGGCGACCCCCCCCCACCUCAGUGGAAUCCUCGUCCCACGCUUUGCCUCGGUAUCUGAAAUGGCUCGUGGGACCAUCGUGUCGUAUUUGGGUCCGGGGAAGGGGCCCCCGCCGUGUUUUUGCCGCGGCGGUGCGCCCCCACCCCCCCCCGGCCCGGGUCGGUUUUUUGAAAUGGGGCUGCUGUGCGGCCCCCCCCGUUUCGGUUUACAGACUUUGCCCUUUUCCCCUCCGCUGGAGCUCCCAGCCCCUCACUCCCCCCCCUCCCCCUCUGGUCCAGAGAGACGGGAGAGUGGGCGGAGAGUCCGGCAGAAGGGGGCGGGCUUUUAGCAUCGCGCUGUACAGGCUUAAUGUUGUAAAUGUCGCUUGUGAUGUGUUUCGCAAUUCUCACAGAAUGUGUAUUCGUCUGUGCCUUUUUCUAGGCCUUCUUGCCAGCUUUGUCACGCUUUUUAAAAACCGUUUCAUUUCGAGCGCUUGAGGAAUUACCGUCCUCAACUUUUUGUAAUUGAUUUUUUUAAAGCCAUGUAGGACCAU